UUUCCAGGAACCUUCUUUCCUAAAGAAGGAGGUGACGAGAAUAAGGACAGGCAUGGUAUUCUACUCUUCGCUCAGAGCUCGAAGCGGAACAUCACCAUCCUCCCCAUUGUCUCCCAACGCGGAAGUGGAAUAACGUGGAUGACAGCAGAGAAGCUCCCUAAGGCGUAUGGAGAGUGUCAGAUCUCACGAAUCAACAAAAUCAUCUUUCGAGGGAAGACAAAAGUGACAUGGCAAAGACACACAAUUACCAUUUUAUGCUCAAUGGACAGGGAGUUGGCAGGAUUACCUCCGCUCAACCCAGAAGAAUACGGGAUAAGGCAACGUCAUAGAAUGCUGGAUCUGGUUGACGAUCUCGGAGUCGAAGGAUCGGGGAAAUUCGUGCAAAAAUUAGAAGAAUCGGGUGAUAUGGAGCAAUUGCUGAGAUGCAUGGAGAUGUUGAACACAGAUGACAGGGCUGCGGUGCUGAGAUACAUGGCCGACUUGGACAAAAAAGAGACGGCUACGUUGCUAGGGAGACUGACGCGGUUGGAUUCCGUUCAGGGGUCUAUGGAGCUAAGAAGAAAGGGUGAGGUCGUAUUCUUGUCCACUGCCAUCUUCAGUCUCCUCUUGUACUCGAUUCAAGAUUUUUCCCUCUAUUUCCAGCGCGGUUGGAUCCUGUUCAGGGAGAAGUUGUUGAAUCCUGUUCUGGAGCUUCAGGAGCUUUUUGUGCUGAGAAGCAUGGAGGAAUUGAACACAGAUGACAGAGUUGCAGUGGAGAGAAGCAUGAAGGAGUUGAACACUGAUGACAGGAUUACAGUGGAGAGAAGCAUGAUGCGGUUGGAUCCAGAUGACAGGUCAGCAGUUUGGAGCAGUAUGGGUGAGGCAAGACUCUUAUCCACUGCCUUCCUCAUUCUCCUCUUGUACUCGAUUCAACAUAUUCUCUUUUUUCCAGCGGAAUUGAACACAGAGGGCAGGGCUGCGGUGCUGAGAAGCAUGGUGGAGUUGAACAAAGGUGACAGGGUGGCAGUGCUGAGAACCAUGGGUGAGGCAGGAUUCUUGUCCACUGCCCCUUCGGUCUCCUCUUGUACUCGAUUCAAGAUUUUAUCUCUUUUUCCAGCGGAGAUGAACAAAGGUGACAGGGUUGCGGUGCUGAGAUGCAUGGGGGAUCAUGACUUGACUGGAGCCUGCAAUCUGUUCGGAUUUUUCGAGAUGAUCGGACUCCAUCGGACAAAGGGUUUAUUUCAAAGUCUCGAGCAACUAUCAGAGUACAAGCACCUUCAGCUUAUGGGCCAAAUCGCCGGACUGAAUGUGAAGCGGCCUCAAAAGAACAGUAUACCUGAGACUUUGGAACGCUACGACAGGAGAAACCCAUGGUGCAACUGCACAAUCUUGUAUGUACCUAUUCUUGGCUUCUCUUUCAAACGGUGCGACGAAGUUGAAGCAUUUGUUGAUAUCCCACAGCGACUUCCAGCAAUGCAGAUGAUUUGCUCAGCUUUUCCCUUGUUGAAUCUCAUUCUUAUAUCCUCCAAUGAUCCCGUUUGA